AUGGAAAAAAUAGAGGACAACUUAGACGUGUAUGCCACAAGCUGUGGGGAUGCAGGUUGGACGCGUAGAGGACACAAGCAUCAGGGACACGUGUACACCGGUCAUUCAGUUGCGGACGUAAUGAAAUGCAGAAUGAUGGUUGGAGCAUUAUAUUUUGUAAAUGGGUGGAGCAAUCAUAAGAAGAAUGAUAAGGAAACAUCGGAGAACGAUAGGGAAAUGAAGGCUAUUAUGAGGUGCAUGGUAGCAGAUGUUUUUGCGUAUAUAUUGGCUGCAAUAAAGUGUGGACUUCAGUGGCCUGGAGUAGACAGAGCAUGGACCAUCAUGAAGGAGCUUGCCGUGGGCAGCCACGAAUUGUCUAAUCCGAUUUCACGCGGCACAUGUACGCAAGAUAUAUAUAAGGAUUUUAAAAUAGGGAAAGGGAACUUAAAGGCAGCGGUAAGAAAAUGGUUAAAGCAAAGUACAACGAUAAGUGCUCGUAUAAACGCAAUACAGAAGAACUCCAAAUGCACAAUACCAUGGGAAGAGUACAAGAGGAGUAUGCAAAAGACAGGGGAAGAGGCAGAAAUUUCCAGUAUAUUUCAGAAGGACGAUCUGCAGGAAUUAGUGGAGGAAAAGAUAGAAGAGGUGUUUAAGACAAUUACCAAAAAAGUAAGCAAAAAGGUGCAACACGCGCGCACAAGGCCAGAGGGCAUCAUGGAGUCUGCAGAUAGUGAUGUUGACUCUGAGGACGAUGAGGAGGACGACGAUGAUGACGACGAUGAUGACGACGAUGAUGACGACGAUCAAGAUGUACGGGAGAACGCUGGAAUGAACAACGUCGGAGGGAAACCUGCAGGACCCGACGCGGCAAAGCCCGUUGAGACGCAACCCGCAGCCCAGAUGUGCGGCGGCGACGGAUGCAGCGGUAGCGGCAGCGGCGACAACCAUGAGUGGACAGUGCACUGUACGAAGUUAUGGAAUACAUAG